UGGAAAAAUUGUCAGGCUGACGUGAAAAUAAGAUGGCGUGAAUGUUUUCUCUGUGUUAUCGGUGCGCUAAAAGUUGGAAAAAUAUGGAAAAUCAUUGCGAAAUCCAGCACUAAUCGCGAGAAAAGUUGAUUAUUGUGUUGCAAUAGUGUGCAAAAAGAUAUUAAAUAUAGGUAAUUGUGCGUGAGUGAUAUGUACAAUUGGUGACUUUUGUGUUUAUGGUGUUGUUGUUGCACUCGCCAUGGCAAAUCCGCGAAAAUUCAGCGAAAAAAUUGCUCUGCUGCAGCAAAAACAGGCAGAAGAGACGGCUGCCUUCGAGAAGAUAAUGCGCGAAGUGUCGGACGCCACAUCAAAGCCGGACGAAGCGACGUUGGCACAAUUUGGACUGGGGAUGAAUCACACAACAAUGAUGGACGGUACCAAUUUUAAGGGUGGCGGGACAGCAAGUGGUAGUAGUGGCGGCGGUGGUGGCGGAACAGGUGCCAGUAGUAACAAUAAUUCUACCUGUGCUUCAUCGAAUCAAACCACCCAUCAUGUUUCUCGAGUACGAAAUGUGGGCGUUGGACCGAUGCGAAGACCGGCUGACCGGAAGAUUGAUACAUCGCCUUAUAGUAACAAUAUUGCAUAUCUUAGUCCACCCAGUGAUUCCAGUUGGCGACGGACUAGUUCCGAUUCAGCGAUACAUCAAAGUUUGACACAAGCACAAGAUCAUCCGUACCAUCAUCAGUAUGCGUCGCAUUCGCCGCUGUCGCUAAGUCCAACGGCACAGAAGAAACUUACCAAUAUCCACCACAUUGACUCGAAAAUAUUCAACAGCCAACAAAAUAGUUUUGGACUUGGUUCAUCGGAGGGUCGACCGAGAUCAUCGUGUGGUCGCUUGCCAGGAAUAAAUAUUCAUCCCAGUGCUCAUGAUAAUUCAAUACAAAUACCAAUAGGAAAUAAUACAGGAUCUCUGCCGGACUUAACAUCUGUACAUUUCCCAUCGCCCCUACAUACGCCAAUUGAUCAAGAACAUGAUCACUCGAGCAGUCCGUACAGUUCGAGCCCCGUAACGGCGUCCCCUACAACGUUAUCUCCAACAUCUAUGCCAGUCAGACACCCGGGUGCCAGAUUUCAUUAUUCACCGACAAAUUCGCCGGGUGAUAAUACAACGUUCAGUCCGACACAUUCACAACAAAAUGCUAGUCAGCAAUUUUUAUCUGUUCCUGGUAGCAAUAGUUAUCUGCACAUGAAUAAGGGACUGACAUUAGAGAAUUCCUUUCAACCCUCUCAAGGGGGCCCUCCGGUGUCGCAGCAGCAACAAUCACAACAGUCGCCGCAGCAGUCGUUUAUCAAUUGCCAUCCACAGCAGUACCCGCAGCAGCAGCAAUCGCCCCAGCCGCUGGUGCAAUCCCAAUCGCCGACGCCGCAGCAGAAUCAGGCACAACAGAGUUCACUUGUUAGUAGUACAUUACACGGCUCUCAUGGGAAUUUAAGUAAUCUAGGAUCGAUUCAACAAUCGAAUCUCUCGGGGUAUCGGAGUCCACAGUGUAGACCAAGUCCGGGGUCUAGUCCAAAUUUAAUUGGAUCCCUCAACAGUGGAGACUCCAAUCCGAGUGCACCAUGCAGUCCGGCACCGUCCACAAUGAGCAACAAUGGACAAGGAUAUGAACCAUAUAAUCAUUCAAGUGAUAUCUACUACGUUAAUCAGCAAAACAUCCAACAGCAUUUUGAAUCUUUUUCACUGGUUGACAAUUCGGUGGCCGAAUUUGUGCCCCAUUCUCCAAAUCCACAAACUUUCAAUCAAUUUGAUGACUCGACGUUUACGCACUUCAAUGCGACAAAUAUGGGAUCACUGAAUCAACAGCAGACAACAAGUUUGUCUUCGAGUUUACCGAACAAUCCUAGUAUAGUAACGUCAAUGAAUUCAAAUUCAAAUGUUCACCCACUGAGCCCAUCGUCGCCGCAACAGGCCCAAGCACAGGGGCAGUCGCAGCAGCAAGCAACAAGUCUCCAAACACCAAAUACCCCAACAAGUAUUCCGGAAAUUGUAUUUACAGACUUUUCAUCGGCGAGUUCGGAGUUUACAAAGGGUGAGUACGAAGACCUAUUCGGUGAUCCACUGAUGCCGCUUGAGUUGGAAUUGGGGCCAAUUGAUGUUGCUGGCUUUCAAAUGCUCACAAAUCCAAGUGCAACAAUCAUUGCGGAUCCAACUGAAGAAGAAAACUUUAGAACAUCAGAUUUGCAUUAAAAGCAAAAUGAAAAAGUGAAAAAAAAAAACAGAGAAAUAAAAUCACAGCGAGAUAUCCAAAAGAACACUAAAUAGAACCAUUGGAGACAGUGAGUGAAAGAGAUAGGAGAUAAAAAUUCUUAAAGUGAUAUAGAGAGAAAGAAAAAAGAAAAUGCGAAAAGAAUGAUAAAAAAAAUUUCUCAAAAAUGUAAAACAUUGAGUAGCUAUCAGUUAUAUAAUUUUGUUCCUUAGUUUUUUCUUAUUACGAUCUUUUUUAUUAUUUUUUUUUAAACUUAGAAAGAUGAAGAAAUAUUUUCUAAGGCAAAGACAUUGCGUACGAUGAUGGGAGUUUUAUCUUAAUUAACUGUUAUGAAGUAUAAAGUAUAAGUAUAUUAAAAGAAGGUAAGAAAUAUUGUGCAAUUUUUAUUAUUAAAAAAAAUGAAAAAAAAAAUAUAAAUAAAAGUUUAAAAAAAUUUUUUUUUUGGUUGUUAUAGGUUUCUUAAAAAAAUGUGUAAAUUUAAUAAGAAAAAGAAAUAAAAAUAGUAUAACUAUUUUUUGUACUAUGUAAGUAUAUAAAAAACCCUGUAGUUUUUAACAUAUCUUGGUUUAAUUAUCUAUUUUAAGUUUCUUUCUAAAUAGAUUUAUGACCACUUCAUUAAUGGAGAUAAUAUAGAAGUAUAAAUUGCUGAAAAAAAAGAAGAAAAAACGUGUUUUCUGGGUAAUAAAAUAGUCCGGAUUUUCCCAAUUUUUCUCAACAAAAAGAUAGAAAAAAAAAACAUUCUGAAAUAUACUUUUUGAACUCUUAACAAGAGUGCCAUAUCAAAGAACUUUUUUGACUUUUUGAAUUUCAAAAAAAAACCCUUUAAAACCAAAAUGCACACAUUUUAAUGAAAAAAAUAGUAUAAACUUGAUGCACACAAAUUCCCGUAAAUGUUUAAAAAAAAAUUAAAUGAAAAUAUUACAAAAAAAUGAAUCCUUUUUAAUAAUCUUGUCGUGUGAAAACAAUAAUUCUGUCUUAUUACACUUUCUAAAACAAAGAGAAAAAAACAAAUGAGAAAUUUUAAGAGAAAACAAAUCGUUCCCUCCCCUCCUUCUUCAAUACAACAAAACAAUUUAAUAAAUGUAAUAAAAAAUCAUUCGUAUUGUUGCAAAAAAAUAUCUAUAUAAUCAAUCUCCAUUUUGAGCAAAAGAACUUCUUUUUCCCAAAAAGAAAACAAUUUUUUUAUGAGAAAACAAAAAUAUAUUUCCAAUCUCUUUAAUUUUUCUUUACAAAACUGAAAUUAUUGUGCAUGUAAUUGUGAAGAGAGAUUCCUUUUUGGAAGUUUUUUGGAUCUUUACUUUUUUUCUUUAAACAAAAAAUAUUUAAAAAAAAAUUCAAAAUGAGAAAAUUGUGGAAUCUUGUAUAGAAAAAAAUCAUUGUAAUGUGCGACCAAUUUAAAGACUGAAUUUAAUGAAAUUCGAAAAAGUUUUCAACAACAAUUUUGUAGAAUUCAUUCGUGUGUAGUGGCUUCAUCAUUGCGCCUCACCCCUCGCUAAAAAAAACAAAAAAAAAAGAAAAUAAGCGUGGCGGUUAACAAGUCUUCACAAUUACAUCUGAUAAAAUGAUAAAACUCUAUCAUUUUCUCUCAAAACACUUCGUUCUCGCACCAAUGUUUGUUAACACGAAAUUCCCAUUAUUUCGUGACUUCUCUAUAACCCUUCAAUUGCAAUAAACAUGACCAUUUUCUUUUUUUUAUUUUCUAACUAAUUAAAUAUUUUUUUCUUCUAAUAAUUUUCUUUCUAUUCUCCUUCAAUAGAGCACAUUGUUGUUAUCUAAAUGUUCUGUUUGUUCAAGAACACUACAUAAAAGCUGUUAAAAAAUUCAUAUUAAAAAGAAUUUAAAAGAAAAAAAAAACAUUUUACCGAAAUUACUAAAAAAAAAUGUUAGUGUAUAUUUACAAGAAAAAAAAACAAAAAAUAUAAUGAAGUUAUGGAAUUCUAUAUUAAGAAAAAAACUAUAUAGAUGAGGUGUUUGUUCAGAUAAAAAAAAUGUGCGCUACCCGGAAAAGUGAAAAAAAGCAACAAAAAAUGUAAAAUUAAGACCCCUACUCUCUACAAAAAAAAUACUAUGCAUGUGAAUAAACAUAUUUAAAAAAAUCGAUCAAUCGUAAAUGGUUAAAUGAAAAAAACUUAAUGAAAAAAAUCAUAAACAUUCUCUAUGCCAACGGUGUACAUUUUCAUAAAUAUAUAGAGAAUAUAAUAUUAUAUAUUUGUUUAUAGAUAUCAUCGAGAUUUUUCAGUCGUACAGAAAACGAAGGAUUUGUAUCAUUCUUCUCUUUUUAUUUAAUUGAAAUUAUUCAUUAGUUAAAAUACUUUAUUUUAUUUUUUAAAGGAAGAUUUUAUGCUGAGAAGGGCUCAGAACUAUUAAUUCGAAUAAACAAAUUAACGAUCAUAACAGAAUUCGAAACACUUCACGAAUUAUUUUUUAAAUUUACAUUUAAAUAAAUAAGAAGAAGAAUCUGUGCUGCAAAGAAGUGCUCUAAUUGGCUAAAAAAAUUGGGGUAAUGUGUUCUAAUUGGCUAUCGAUAUAGCUUUCGGGGUAGAACAUCUGUGAGCAAAGUUAAUUUGAACAGAAUUUAGAAUAUUCUCGUUAAAGAAUUUAAAAAAAAAAAAGAAAUAGGAAAUUAUUAAAAAUAAGCUUAUACUUUCUUUAUUUCAGUCGAACGUCAUUUAGGACACCAAAAAUGUCCUAAAAAUCAUGUUAAAAGGCCUAAGAAUUUGUUUUUUAAACCUUCAGAACAUUAUUAAAUAAUUUUUUAAUAGAUAUUGCCAUUUUUUAAAAUUCUUAUUUAACCUGAAUUAUUUAUUUGAAAUUUUCAAUGCUUUGAACAGUUCUUUGGUUCUUCAUAAAAAGAAAAAAUAUUAAGUUUUAAUGUCCUGAGGAAGAUCUAGUAGAAUGUGGAGACGUCAGUGACGUCAGCCAAAGCUUUAAAAUUGACAGAAGAGAGCGGGGAAAUUUUAAAUAAAAAAAAAAGAUCUAAUUUCAUUUCUUUUUCUUUUCAAAACUAAUGUUGGUCAUUUUUUUUAAAACCUUUUAGAACACUUAAAACUUUUUUAAUUACUUCAAAUUGUCCUUGAUUUCUUUACAUAAAAAAAAGAAAAGAAUGAUACAAAUUCCUCUUAGAUCUCGGUAACAGUGCUAAAUACCUACCAUUCACGUAUAAAGGUAAUGUUCUCAGUAAAAAAAAAAGAAUCAAUAUAAGAAUACUUCUUUUCUCACCCCCUUUUUUGGUUUAGGUUUUAAACUAAAAAAUAACAAAACAUUAAAGAAAAAUUUUAAAAAACUUUAAACAAGGGAAUUUGAAAAAUAAAAGAGAAAAUCGUGUAUAAAAAAUAUUCUUAUAUUUAGUGCAUUCGCAAUUCGGCCAAAAUGACAUAAUAUAUAUUUUACAUGAAGAAAGAAAAAGGAAAAAAAAUAUGAGAAAUAACUUUAGCGAGGAAAAAAAAGAACUUUAUAAUGUAUUUGAGAAAAAUACCACUGAUUUAUAUUAAAUUGUACAUUUAAUACGUUUUUUAUAAAAUCAAUUACUUAGUGUAUCGUACAUGUAAAGAAAUGAAACUUAAAUCUUAACAAAAAAAAAGAAGGAGAAAAAAAUGAGAAGAAUGCGUCAAAAAUCCAAAAUUAUGCAAAGAGACCCCUCUAAGCAGAAGAAAAUUUAACCCUUUUACUUGCCCUUUUGUGUUUUCUUUCUUCAACAAAUUUUUAUUUGAUUAAAAAAAUAUUCUUUUACACUGAAGAAAUUCAAAAAAAAAAAGAAACAUAAAGGACACACAAAAUGAAGCACAAGAAAUUAUAUAGCCAGAAUGGAGUCAAUUAAACGAUGAAGUAGCUAAAUUUUAAAGAAAGAAAAAAACCAACAUAGAAAUUUUCAUUUAUUUUUCGGUAAAAAAAAUCUGCGAAUUAGAAAGGUUAGAGGAAAAGAAAACUUUCGAAAAAAAAUCCUUUUGAUACUUAAAAUUAAUUCGAAUAGAUAAUUUUUUUAAGGAAAAAAAAGGUAUGAUGAGGUAUUUAAAAAAAAAGGUUUAGUAGUAGUUUAUAUUAAAAGAAAAAUUUUGAAAAUCUUCAAUUUUUCAAUGCAUUCAUUAAUUAUUAUUAAAAACAAAUUGGUACGCAAUUAUUAAAAAGAAAAUUAAUUCAUUCUUUUCCUUUUCAAAAUACGUGCGCACAAAUUGCUUUCAUACAUUACAAAAACAACAACAAAAAAACUUACAAGUGAAUGAGACGAUUUUAUGAAGAAAAUAAAACUAUAAAAUGAAGUGUUGAAGAAAAAUUUUAAAAGUUUACUUAUACAUAAAUAUUAUUAAUGAAAAAAAUCAUAAAGAUAAGAAAAUUCAAUCUGAAUGUAUGAGUUGUUGUCAUAUUUUGUAAAUAAAUCAAAUUUUAACGAUAUUCAAA